CUAGCUUCAGAAAACAAUUUGCAGAACAGACGUCUGAAACUUGACUAUGAAGAAAUCACACCAUGCUUAAAAGAUGUAACUUUGAUUUGGGAAAAAAUGUUGAGUACACCUGGAAGGUCAAAGAUUAAAUUUGAUGUGGAAAAAAUACACUCUGCUGUUGGGCAAGGAGUACCACGUCACCACCGUGGGGAGAUCUGGAAGUUUCUAGCAGAGCAAUACCAUCUUAAACAUCAGUUUCCAAGUAAACAACCACCAAAGGACACACCUUAUAAAGAACUCCUAAAACAAUUAACUUCCCAGCAACAUGCAAUACUUAUUGACCUAGGACGCACAUUUCCAACCCAUCCGUAUUUCUCAGCGCAGCUGGGAGCUGGGCAGCUGUCACUCUACAAUAUUUUGAAGGCCUAUUCACUUCUGGACCAGGAAGUAGGAUAUUGCCAGGGCCUUAGUUUUGUAGCAGGAGUUUUACUACUUCAUAUGAGUGAAGAAGAUGCUUUUAAAAUGUUAAAGUUUCUUAUGUUUGACAUAGGCCUGAGAAAACAAUAUCGUCCUGACAUGACAAUUUUACAGAUCCAGAUGUAUCAACUGUCUCGACUUCUUCAUGACUACCAUCGAGAUCUCUAUAACCACCUAGAGGAACAUGAGAUUGGCCCCAGCCUCUAUGCUGCUCCCUGGUUUCUCACCAUGUUUGCCUCCCAGUUUCCCCUUGGAUUUGUAGCCAGAGUGUUUGAUAUGCUCUUUCUUCAAGGAUCAGAGGCCAUAUUUAAAGUGGCUUUAAGCCUUUUGGGAAGCCACAAGCCCUUGAUUCUGCAGCAUGAGAACCUAGAAACUAUUGUUGAUUUUAUUAAAAGCACUCUCCCCAACUUGGGUUUGGUACAGAUGGAAAAGACCAUUAGUCAGGUGUUUGAAAUGGAUAUUGCCAAGCAGUUGCAAGCUUAUGAAGUUGAAUACCAUGUGCUUCAGGAUGAGCUUAUAGAUUCAUCUUUAAAUGACAAUCAGAGACUGGAUAAAUUAGAAAAGGCAAACAGUAGCUUGCGCAAACAAAACUUUGAUCUCCUGGAAGAACUGCAGGUGGCUAAUGGAAAGAUCCAAAACCUUGAAGCCACAGUGGAGCUUUUGUUGACCAAUGAAGGCAAAUUGAAGCAGUCCAUUCUCACUCUUGAGCAGGAACGAGCAGCUUUGCUGAAAGCAGUGGAAGAAAUGCAGAAAAAGAUUGGUAGUACAGACGGGAAGCCUAUACUUACUAGACAAGAACACAUGGAUGCUGAGUGACGUUCACAGUUGUAAUGGAGCAGAGAAGCUGAGCAAGAAACAAAGGGAAGAACUGGGUCUUUUUGUCAUGAUCCAUAGGGAUUUGACAUUGUCACCUCCAUCAUACAUGCCUUACUGUAGCAAAGCAAGAUAGGGGCAUGGUGACUUCCCAGAUCAGAGAAGCUGGUUUCUCAGGAAGAAGGCUCUUCCUUCUUAGGAUGUAGAAAUACUAUGAACAGUAAGAUGCCACAUAAUAAUAAGCAGGAGAAACUUAAUACUGCUUGCACUCAUACACAAUACACCAUAAAGAUGUCAUGGGUUCUUCCAUAAGUGCUUCUAAACCUAAGUGCU